CAGCAGAACUCUUGUCAUAAACAUUACUUUCCUAACAUUUUCAGCAAUAGAUAACCAUUUUUUGCUUAGUCUCAGUGAGUGUGUACUUCGACUGAGAAGAUCGCCAACUCAUGAUGUCUAGUCGUUCAAGUCCAGCAGCCCCAAACCAAAGCGAUGAUAGUGAAUCGAGUGACUCGGGUGUCGAUACGCUUUCGACAUCCACGAGAGGCAGUUUUCCUUCAGAUUAUAUGGACCUGGAUGAAUUCCUUUCUGUGCAAACUCAGAACUGUCAGGAAAAUACCCAAGCGUCAUGUGAGGAUCCACAAAAUUUGUCUCUGGUAGCUAGUACUAGUACCAGAGUUGCUGCUACCACCGUUAGUGGUCUUGUGGAACAAGUUUCUCCAGCGGUCACAGAGUUUUCGAAAGUGGCUGCCAGUGUGAACAACGUUUUGUCUUCCGUGGUCUUAUCGAAAAUGUCAUCACUUCCUUUGCAAGUGGACCCAGCCGUUUUUCAGACCCUCCGAGCAAACACUUCCCAACCAGAGGGAACAAACGCGAUUGUACAAUGGUGCCAGUCUGUUGGAGGGACAAGGCAAGAUCAUCAAGAGGCAAGUGGCCCCCAGCCUGGAAAAACUCCGGUUCGGCGACGUCGAAAUUCUAAAUACGUCUACAAUCCUUUGCCGAUCACGAAAAAGGCGGAACGGAAGUUUUACAGCCAGUCUCAAAAAGACGAAAGAUAUUGGGAACGUAGAAUAAAAAACAAUGUUGCAGCGAAAAGGUCAAGAGACUUACGUAGACAGAAAGAAAUUGAAGUCACUGAAAAGUAUAAGAAUCUCGAGAAAGAGAACGCCAAUCUGAAAGAGGAAGUGCGGAGAUUGCGAAUGAAGGCCGAUGAACUCGAAAAGAAACUUGCUUCUUUUCAAGGUUCUCACUAAGGCUUAAAGAACACGUAGAGACUGAGGGGAGGGAUGUGAGUAGUAUUUGACGCUGUCGUGACAUCAGUAUGGAUUAUGUAUACGUCAUUGCCACUCUUAGCUGGAAGUAAGGGCUUCAUUGGAAGUCUGUACCUGGCAUACAUGUAGUUGACACUAGAAUUGUUAGGCAACCAGUGACAGAGUUGCAUUCAGAAUCUUUCUCAAAGCCAAACACCAGUGAGGCUUCCAUAGGACUUAUAAGAGAGGAGCUCUAGAUGCUAAUUGCAUAGGAAUCAAAUGCUUAGAAUAUAAUCACAGAGCAAUCCCCAUCUACUUCACAACAUAGUUAUUCUCCCAACUACGUACAAGUGUCCUCAGAUGAGGACAAGACCCACAUUUAGAUGGUGUUACUGGCCUUACGGCGUUGUUGGAAUUAUUUCUGAUAUGACAGAAUUGGCCCCUUGCCACUGGGUGGUGAAGGGAUCAUUAAUUUCAAAAUUCCAAUUUCCUGCUUCUGAACAGUACUAUUUGUUUCAUGAGCAAGCUUCUUUAAACGCCCCUUGUACAUUGAAGAAAUUUUAUACCACCAAAGAAGUCUUUAAGCCAUAAAGACUUAGUUUGACAAGGUUUGUAGAAAUAGCAAUAUAAAGGAGUUAUUGCUAUUUCAUAUUUGUAAAUUAGUCUGAAACUUAUCUUUAUAGAUUGAGUGUGUGCAGUAGUACAUUUUAGUUUAUGCCAGUUGAUGGUGUUUAAAAAUAAAGUUCCUCUAUUCCCAGGAA